AAUUUUCUGUCCUCUAAUCACUAUUUUCAAUGAAGGAAUCCAAGAAAUACUAACACUAAGUCGGUUGCCUUAUCAUGUUGUAUCACCUUCUCUUGAAAGCAGCUAAGCUACGUACUGUGUAGGCCAGUCCAAAAGUUACACAGCACAUCGAACAAACACUUGGCGUGCAAGAGGGACCGACAAAGUACACAGAGCUAAGCAAUUCUCCCACGAAGCUCCCUCGAACUUUCAUGGCGUACCGGCUCUCGACGUAAUCCCUCUUGCACCGCAACUUCCAUGCAAUUUACGACCCUCAGCUUCGUGUGCAUAUAUAUAGCAUCGCUUAAUCCACAGACAAUGGCCAUGGCAACCAUGUCUUCUAAGCUAUCCAAAUCCCUCUCUCCUAAGCGAUCCAAGCUUAGUCUGCCGCUCUGUUGCAGCCAGGCUGAUGCCGCUGCCCCCGUGGCCUCGCCUCCCCCCUCCUCCCCACGCAGGGAUCGCAUCGAUGAGCUCCUCCAAGUCUUCCGCCACAUCGAUCAAGAUCGGGAUGGGAAGAUCUCCGGCGUGGAGCUGCUCGGUUUCUUCGGCUCCAUAGGCGAGGAGAUGCCGAUGGAGGAGGCGGAGGCGGCGAUCGCCUUGCUCGACUCCGACGGCGAUCGGCUUCUGGACUUUGGGGACUUCCUGAGGAUGAUGGAGAGGGAGGAGGAGGAUGACCUGAGGCGGGCGUUCGAGAUGUUCGAGGUGGUGAAGGGGUCGGGGAGGAUCACGCCGAAGGGGCUGCAGAGAAUGAUGAGCCGGCUCGGCGAGGAGAGGUCGGUCGAGGACUGCAAGGCCAUGAUACGGGCUUACGACCUCGACGGAGAUGGCGAACUUGACUUCCAUGAGUUCCACCAGAUGAUGAGUUAAGAGUGUAUAUAUAUCUACUCAAUCAUCUAAGUAGCUUAAAAGCUUGUAAAUUAGGCUAUACUAUAUGAAUAACAAUGAAUCCUCGCACUAUAUCUAAGUUUUAAUAUGGCAGAAAAUAUUGUCAUAUUUAUGUGUGUGUGU